CAACAGCCAGUAUCUCCCCAGCUCACUCAGAAGGGGGUAGUCGCGUUGCUUACUAAGACUGCAUAUGACACGGCCUGCAGACUACUGUGGGCUCUUAGUGUGAGGAAGAAGAGUGCUUUGUGUUGUGACUUACCGGAGUAACACUAAGAAAAGGGCCUACUGGAUCUUCUUCGUUGGUUUCUUUGGGCGACUUGGAUGUUCUUUGGUUGUGGAAUUCUAGUGGAGUGACAUUCUGCACUCCACCCAGAUUCCCGUUUGACACACGAAACAAAGGGUGUCAGAAAAGACUGUUACAGCAAGAAUACAGACUUGACCCUAUAAGCAAGCUACCCAAGCCUUCAAGUUUGUGUGGUGAACGUAAACUCACUUAUCAUGACCUGAACGUGAACGAGGAAAAGACUGGAGUAAUCUAGUGCUUGCUUAACCUAAAUCUCAACCACACCACAAGCUAACCUUUCCUAGUGGUGGUAUUGAAGGAGUUGGUUGAGCCAGAAACCUUUCCCUCAACCCCUCACACAAGAAGGCAAAUAUAGUGCUUGCUUGACCCCAGAUCUCGACCACACCAUAAGCUCUCCUUUCCUAACUGUGGUGGUGGAGGUGGUAGAGAGGUCGCCCAUUUGGAGUCAGAAAUCUUUCCCCCACCCCUCCCUCAAGACGCCGCUGCCCAUGACCAAGCUGCCCCAGGCCCCCAAGAUGGGCGUGGGGGUGCAUGAGGUGGUGGAGAUGUACGCCACGAGCCUUUGUGACACGGAGCCAGUCGUGAAGAAGGAACCCGCGGUCUCCUCAAGCUGCGGCCAUGAGUUCAAGAGAAGACUUUCAGAAAUCACGCAGGAUAGCUCACCGCGGCCCGUCAGUCCCGCCGACCUCCCCUCAAAUAAGAAGAUCAAGGUCGGGGACGCGCGCUCGCCCUCCCCCGCCGACCCGGAGGAGGCGGCGAAGAGGACGCGGCUGCAGAGGAGUCCCGCCACCCCCAACAGCGACAGCGACAGCGACAGUAAAGGAGAAUGUAAAAUCAAAGAGUCCUACAUCUCCAGAAGGAAGCGGUUUUUGAGGACGGCGGAGGCUCUCCGGCAGUCUGGGCUCCUGGGUGUGACCAUGAAGACGGCAGAGCUCCUCAGGAAGAACCACGACCUGCAGCGGGAGAUUGAAGACCUGCAGAGACAGACUAAGAACUUUGUGCUCUCCGUGCUAUCCAACCCGGAGAACAGACACAUCCUGGAGAACAUCCGGUCGGGCGCGCAGCUGUAUGAGGUUGUGGUGCCAGGGUCACAAGGCAUCAUGUCCGUGACCACCCAGCUGAGGGACAUCAACAUGAACGUUUCAUCAGGCCAAACCGAGAUGGAGGCGGAAGACACCGUUUUCCUGGCAAUGCCCCGGACCCGAACGGAACCCAACCCCUCAUCAACCACAGCAGAGGCGGACAGCGGCCUCGGCAACCAUUCCCCCUCAAGCAACUACUCCUGCCCCUCUCCUGCCUCCUCUGUUAGCAGCUUCUCCAACGAUACCUCCUCUCUCUCGGACGACCUGGAUUCUUCAGAGGAGGAAAACCUGUCGCCUCCAAAGAUGCUAUCAUCUGCCAACAAGAAACCUCACUAGUUCUCAGUUGUUUCGUCUUGUUGCAUCACCCCAAGACAGAGAGAUAGAGAGGAAAAUACUAUGUGAACUUUAUCCCCUCGUUUCAUUGUUUCUGAGGAUAUUUGGUUUUAUUUUGGUGGUGAUUGCGAUUCUGCAGAGAUGAGGCGGAUCGUGCGGCAUGUGUUGGGUUGCUCUGAACUGACCAUCGACAUCACACGUCUUUAUCAACUUGCUCCAUUCCCUCACCAGUGAAGUAAACUAACCAACGUGAACUUGAAGCUGAGAGAUGGAAGAACUUAUAUUUACAUGCCAAAAGUGCGUAAAUCUCAUGAACUCAAAUCACUGCACUCAUGAAAAUCAGAGUCUCUCAUGAAAACCUUUGAGGCACAAACUUGACGCUGCUCAUUCUGGAUCAUCGUGUUGGUUGGGGUCCAUGGUGCCAGCGCCGAGAGACUUCAGAUGCAACAAGAACACAGGUGGAAGGGAACAUCGGGGUGGAGGAGGUGUCCGAUAGUGGCAUGGUGGAGUCCUGUCAGCCCUUGGAACCUCACACACCAGCCCUUCACACCAUGGGCCGCACGAGAUGAUGCGAGAGUUUAUUGCCACUAUGACUUGUGAUAUGUGUUUAUUUUUGUACUAUUUGAAUUAUUUAUUGGAUGCAAGGAACAAUUAGCAAUACAAGCCCUCCAUACUUUAGUGAUGACUGAAGCUGCAGGCGCAUGUCACGUCACGCCUGCGCCCACAUAGGAGGAACUGGUUGAGGGGGACGGCCGGCUGGGUGGCUACGAGUAUGUGUCUCUACCAGCGUUCCCAUAUCAUCGUACUCGGAACAUUAGUUUAAUCGUUUUUUCCGAGCCAUUACCUAACACAAAUGAUGGCACCAGCGUUUCAAAAUUAUCAGAACAUUAGCUGUAUAGCGUUUUUUCUUCCUUUUAAAAGCUAUUACAUCCCACAAGUGACAGCAGAACAUUAGCUAUAUCUUUCUUUCUUCCUUUUAAAAGCUAUUACAUCCCACAAGUGACGGCAGAACAUUAGCUAUAUCGUUCUUUCUUCAUUUUAAAAGCUAUUACAUCCCACAAGUGACGGCAGAACAUUAGCUAUAUCGUUUUUUCUUCCUUUUAAAAGCUAUUACAUCCCACAAGUGACGGCAUUCAAUCUCUUUUACCGUCUGAAAUUAAUGUGUUUGAUACGAGCGGAAGGAAUAAAUCAACAUCAAUGAGGUUCAACCGUCUCGCUUAGGAAUCAUCGUACUCAGAACACUGCAUUGGACAUAUAAUUUUUCUGCCUAACGGCUAUUACACCCCACAAAUGUUGGUACGCAGUUCAUCUUGUGACGUAAAUUUCACAUGUUCGAGACGAGUGGAAAGAAUAAAUCGUCUUGCUUACGAAUCGCUGUUUUACAUAUGGGAACGCUGGUCUCUACCUUACCACCCUUAGCCAGCCCUGCCCGUGACGCUCUGUACUCUACCCAGCAGUUCUUAAUUUCUGUUCAUUCCAGUUGCAAAUCGAGUUUAAGGCAGCCAGUCCACCCAGGCCCAGACACCACUUGAAAACCUCGUGAAGAAUAUAACUUUUUUCCCCCCUCUGGCUAACUCCAAUUGAUAUGUUCAGUAAUUAACCAAAAUAUGUAGUAAUAGACUCUCCAAUUCAGCUUAUGUCCAUGGUAUUGUGGUUAUCAGUCAGAGGGUUUAUAAGAUUGCUAAUGUAAUGCCGGGAAAGUUUUUUAUUUUUUUGUGAUACGUGUUUUCUCCGUGAAGCCAAAGACGUCAACCCCAAAUUCCUGUGUUUCCAAGUGAAGGUCUGCCUGGUUAGGGUGCGUCCUGCCUCUGGUGCUCUGGUCUGCAGCUUGUGCAUGAUGAGUGAGAUUCUAGCGUUAGUUUUUUUUACAUGUGAUUCUCAAUUCUAGUUAACCAUAGCUUCUUUAGGUACGUUAGGUCCGGGGCUGCCCGACACACCCUCUCGGGGACGUGGCUUCCCAUGCUGUCUAUGCUGUGUCCAAGCAGUCUGGUGCGAGUGUUCUCAGUUGUGGCUGACCUGCUCUGACCUGAGUGACUAGACUCCUCAGGGACUACGAUGAUCAUAGGACAGAAAAAUGACUGAAUGUUGGCCACUUGUCCCCUCGGCCACACACCUGAGGCAGUGGACAGGUGUCAGGCAGCGGCCGCACUGAGAACCCGCACCUAAGCAUUUGCUUCUGUGUCGUGUUGUUGUUGCUGCAGCGGCCGGUGUCCCGAGCACUGUACAUAGAUAGGGUGGCGUGUUGUGCACUGUGGAGGGUUGCAGGACCAAAUCUCACACUACAGACUGAGAAGAAUUUGCAUUUUUUAAUUCAUUUGCCAAGUUAUCAUUGCUAGGAGGAAGAGAGGAGGUCGCAAGAGUCCCUCAGUGCUGUAGUAUGACUCAUUUUUGUGUACGUGUGGAAAUACUUUUUAUACACGCAUUGCAUUAUUGUAAUACUGGGAAAGGUUUCUUCAGUUUCUUGCAUGUGACAUUGCUUCAAACAAUGUUUCUAAAACAGUAUACAUACAUCUAUACAACUUUUUGUCUCCAAUCAGCUGCCAGAGUUUCAGGAUUGUAAAGAUGGUUGCUCGUCAUCACACCAUCUUCUGCCAUUAGGGUGAGGGCAGGUGUUGCUGCCUUCCCCUCACUGAACCUUUGUAAUGCUGUGUUUGUCAUAAGCACUCCCCUCAAGCCUGCGCUGCCACCUGUCCAGCUGAACAUUUCCACAAUGAUUUUCCUUUAUUGGAUUUUUUUUUUCACUUGUAUAUUCUCAAGUUAUUUCCUCAUUAGAAGUGCCCCAUUAUAUGCAUUCAGCUACUUAUCCAUCAAUUUUCCCGUACUCUCAUCAUUCCUGUUUUGUUCCUGCCUCCAGCACCACCUCCUCCCUAUUCCCACCUCUCCUUCCCCCGCCGGCAGUGGCAGCGUUCGGGCUAGGGGUGUGCUUGUCCCCAACACGCUUGGUGCAGACAGUCUCUUGGUGCUAAUCGUGUGCUAGUGUCGGGUGCAAAGCCUGAACCUUCUCAUUUAUUACCUCCACAAGCUUGGAGUGUAUCCUCCGGGAUUUUAUAUUUUUUAUAUGGUUCUUGUAAUGAGUGGCCCUUGACGCUCCCUUGAAGGUAUCUCCUCACCUGCAGUGUGAAGUGUUUUCAUUGUAAUUAUUCACUAUAAUCUGCAUCAGAGUAUGUCCUGGUUAUAUACUGAAUGUACUUGUCAACCCUCUCCACUUCUUAGGGAAUCCUUGAGGCAACGCGGGUUGUUGCUUAUAGUCCGACCAUUUCAAAUAGUCCGUUGGGGCGUUCAAUUCCGCGGGUCCUUUCCUUCCCUCUACUCUGCCACACAGUCCCAACACCUGUCCCUUCCUCUCAUAUACUACCUAUAGAUAACAUAUGAGAGGGAAAAAUAGGUGUUGGGACCGUGUGGCAGAGCAGUGGGGAGGAAAGGACCCGAGGAAUCGAACGCCCAAACGGACUAAUUGAAAUGGUUUGACUGUACGAAUGGUAAUGAAUCUUUUGCCGCAUUAACCACUUCUGACGACGCGCAUACACGUCUCGUUACUCCCGCUGCAAGAGUGGCGUUGUCUUGGUGACUGUGCUUCGAUUUCAACUUUGCAUUAUGCUGCUCAACACCUUCAGCCUUGUUUUGCAACUUUCUGGUACUUGUUUGAACACUGUGAACUGUUAGUGUGUGUGUAUGUGAUGUGAGUUAAUGUGUGUGUGUGUGUGUGUGUGUGUGUGUUGGAGGCUGAGGCGAAGAGUUGGUGGUGUGUCUGGUGAUGGCUUCUGGGGUCGAUAUUACAAGACACUUUCGCUCCUCACGUCAAAUAUUUCUAAAAGUCAAAGAGGGGGUCAGUCGGGUUCUAAUGAGUGUUUCUUCAGGUUCAUGGUACAGAGGAAGGGUCACACUACCACUGCAGAGUCAUAAAACUACCCCUGGAAAUGCCCACAACUCCUACGAAAGCCUUGUCAAAUAUGUGUUCUUGGUCCACGAAAUGUCUUUUAAUACGACCCUGGGUGUCAGCGAGUGUGGUGCGAGGUGCUGCAGGUUUAAUCAUGGUCUGGUGAACACUUUGCUUUUUCCUUCAUGCAUUGGAAACUCACUACAUUUCAAGGGCACAAAUUUCAUCUGCUUGUCUCAUUAGUGUAAAUUUUUUGGCAUAUAACAGAAAGGGACUCACCACAUAUUUAUCACUACAUUUUUCUUCACUGCAAAGGCUUAAAAUCUUGAAAACUGUACCAAAGAAGCUGCAGAAUAAAUUUAGUUCAUAUUAAUCCAGAAAAUGAGAGAAAUUUAUACAGAUUUUCAUUUCACGCUGAUACUCUUGUCAAGACGAGGUUGUUUAUCCUUAACCUGGUAGCAGCAACGGGCCAAAUUUUUGCCAUGAUAUAAACCCCAAAAAUAGAUGAUGCAUAAACUGAUCACAAAUGCGUUGAUAUAUAUUAUGAAAGGGUUUGCGUGAGUGAUGAUUUUUUCUCAUUUUUCUCACUUAAAGGGGCCUUUAAGAAACAUGAUCCCUGCAGCUACCGGGUUAAACUUAAACCAAAUGACACAAAACACCCAUCAGUAUGUUGUUUGACCAUCUCAGUGAAUAUCAAGGUGGGGGAAGUUUGUUUUAUAAGUUAAUCAAUUGUGUUGCAUUGAGCUACCAAAGAUGGGAGCUCAUUCCAUUCCCGUACAACGAUGUCGGUGAAGAAGAAUUUAGUCGUCUACGCUUAAGUUUAGCGCCAUUACUUCUCAUUCACGAUGUAUCACUGAUUACAACAAUUUAGAGUCAUCCACAUUUUGUUAAUUAACUAUUUUGAACCAUCUAAACAGUUUCCCAUGGAGAGAGUGAGCGAGAGAGAGAGAGGAAGAUGUGUGUAUAAAAUCUAAAGGGUCAGACUGUUGCCAAAUAUCCUUAGUCUGAGUAACCGAAGGCAAGUUGGUCUGUCGCUUCCUGAUCGUGUUGUUGACUUGACUUGUCGCCACGGAAGUGAAGUAACCAUUCGUGUUUGACAGGCGAGAUGAAGCAAUGUGUGUGUGUGUGUGUGUGUGUGUGUGUGUGUGUGUGUGUGUGUGUGUGUGUGUGUGUGUGUGUGUGUGUGUGUGUGUGUGU